AUGGUCGUCUCGCUCUCCUCAAGACCUAUCAGUAGCGUCCGCGAACAGCAGCAGGCCUCCCCUCGUUUGCCGAGCGUCAACAAUACCCCUCACUUCAGAAGCGCUUCCACCUUUGGCAACCCUUCACCGCGCAUCGGCUCCAGCCUCAGUACACCCAGCGACCGUUCCGCCCCGCCCCCUCCCUCCGACGAUCGGCACAGCUCGCCACCGGCCGCCUCGGCACGCUCCUCCGAGUACUCGUUCGAUCGCCAUUCUGUCUCGAGUUUGGGCCAGCGCUCCAUUAGUACAGCGGCUACACUCCCACUGUCCUCGUACGACGUGGAUCAUCUUCCGCCGCUCGCUUCACACGGCAUCCCCAAGCUCGGGCCAGUCUCACCCCGCUCGAUUCGAACGCAUCCUCCAUCAAUGUCGAUGAAUGCCUCGGACAAGGCGGACCUCGCCGCUCGUCGAGCCUCGCCACCACCGCCGCCGUCGUCGUUGCGCCGACCUGCCUCGCCAGCUGGCAAGAUCUCCAAUCAUUCUGCAGAGUGGGACAUGCACUCGGAUCGUGGCAGCCCACGCCUGGCUGGUCGUCGACCCGGCCCUCCCUUGCCACCUGCCUCCGCCAAUACCGGCCCGGUUCACUCGGCCUACACUCGCGGCGAAUACGCCAGCAGCCCACGAUCCAUGUACCGCGAAGCAGCCUACCGUGACCCUCGCGAGCUUUCUCCCGUAUCCUCGGGUAUCAAACGCAAGCUGAGCAUCUCCUCCGACAUGGGAGCAGCUCGACGCGGACUGCCUGAGCGCGUCGACAGGAAUGGAAAUGCGUGGACAACGUCGGCAGACUAUCCCCCUCCUCCUCCUCGCGCUGCUGCUGCUGCUUAUGCCGACGCCGACUACUACCGAGCGAGAGGACGUGGCGAGACUCCGGAACGCACAUAUCCCGGCUCGUACUCGCGGGAGGCAACUUACCCAAGCCGCUACGCAGACCCACGCAUGGAUGAUGCACGCUACUCGCCCCGACAUGCCUAUCCGGCGUCGCCUUCGUCGUCUCGCACCGCCUACCGUGGCAGCGUCCGUGAUGCAGCUGCGCCAUCCGGUCACCCGUAUCCACCUGUCUCGCGCUACUCGGAUCGAUAUAGCCCUUCGCCACGCUCGCCUUCGUACGCUCCACGCCAAGCUAUGCCCAUCUCGCAAGCCCCGCCGCCGGCGCACGACCCGUAUAGCCGCAGUGCACCCCACUCGUCUCACCUCCGCCGACCAUCGCCUCCACCGUAUGCAUCUGAUGCGCGCCCAGUGCUUCCACCUCUUUCAUCUCGCCCCCCGACAUCGCGGUACCCAGCACCACCACCACCACCAGCCAAUGCGCGCAGCUCUCGUUAUACGCCACCUUUGGAAGCGGUCGCUCAUGCAGAUAGGCUGAGCCCUUCCCCAGAGCCUCAUGGCUACUCGGAACCAUUCUAUCCAGAUCGACGCCUCUAUUUUGCGCGCGAACGUAUCCAAGACCCCGAGAUGGACGAGUACUAUCACGGUCCCAUUGGUUCUGCGGGCGGAGCUGGAGGCAAGGCACGGUACGCUGCCGAAGCAUACUACGACCCGUACGGAUCGCCUCAUGCAGGAGGUUACCAGCACCCGACUGCACAUGCGGCUGGCAAACCAAGCAACGGUGGUGCUGGGCCUCUGCCCAUUCCGUCCCCAGGUAUGGGACCUAUGGGAGGCAGACACCCACAUGACGCUCGCGUGCAUCACGCUGGCCCGUAUGGUCCUGGUGACUACAUGCCACACGAUCCACACGCGCACGCUGGUGUGCCUCGAAUGAGCCGACCGGGAGGCGUCAUGCCUAUACCUGCGGCUCAUGUACCACCUGGACCGUCGGCGGGGAUUGCCCCUCCACCGCGUCGCCGAGGCAAGCUACCCAAACCGGUAACGGAUUUGCUCAAAACGUGGUUGCUCGAGCAUGCCAGCCAUCCGUACCCGACCGAAGACGAAAAACGCUCCCUGUGCAGCAUGACGGGUCUCACGCUCUCGCAGGUCUCCAACUGGUUCAUUAACGCGCGUCGAAGGAUCCUGCUGCCUACAGGAGCCAAUGGCAGUCCUAGCGGAUCCACCGCUGCUCAAGUCAAAGCCGCUUUCAGAGACGACAGCGCCAGCCCCGAGCCAUGA